AAAUAUCUAUUCGCUUAAAUAAUCUUUUGCCAGUAUCCGGCCAUUGUUUGAAUUAUCUACCGGAUAUAUCAAUUUUCUUUCCCUUUCUGUGGGUUUCAGCGAGAUUAGGUUUCGGUGUCAUGGCGAUCGCCUCAAAACUCCUGGUUUUUUCUCUCUUUUUUGCCCUAGUUUUCUCCGCCGUUAGGCCGGAUGUUUCAAUUGAAGCCGAUGCUCAAGUACUUGGAUCAGACGCCGGUGAUUCCUCCUAUUUGAAGAUAGAACUUGACCAACUCAAGUCUAAGAUCCAUGAUCUUGAAUCCCGCAUUGAUGAGAAAACUCAAGAAUUGAAGGGCAAAGAUGACUUAAUUGCGCAGAAGGAGAGAAUCAUUCAAGAAAAGUCAGAUAGUAUUGUGUCCUUGAAGAAUGAAAUAUCUUCCCUUCAGAAAAGGGAGAAAUUAGACACUGCAGAGCAGGUGGGAAAGGCUCAUGCGCGGGCAAGUGAACUGGAGAAGCAGGUCGACAAACUUAAAAAGGAAUUGGAAACACAACAGAAGCAGAAGGAUGCCCUGGAAGCAAAAGCCAGUGAAGCUGAAAAGAAGAUAGGUGAAUUAAAUUUGAAACUAGAGAACCUUCAAAAGGUUAGCGAUGAACAGAAGAGCAAACUCCGGAAGACAGAGCGUGCUCUUAAAGUUGCUGAGGAAGAAAUGAUGAAGGCAAAGUUUGAAGCUUCUUCAAAAACCCAGCAGUUAAGUGAGGUUCAUGGUGCAUGGCUUCCGCCUUGGCUUGCUGUACAAUUAGUCCAUUGUCAGUCUUUGGUCCAGACACAUUGGAAUGAACAUGGAAAGCCCGCCAUGGAAUUGGUAAUUCAAAAGGCCCUGGAGAAAAAAGCUGAUGUUGAAAAAUGGGCCAAACCCCACAUGGAAACAAUUAAAACUAAAUGGGUCCCAGCUGUGAAGGAGCAAUGGUUGCUGAUGGCUACUCAGGUUGAACCACAUGUGCAAUCACUGACUGCAAAAACUUUUGAAGCUUAUGAAGUGUCAAAGACUACAAUAACUCCUCACAUCAUUAAAGUGCAAGAAUUUGUUGAUCCGUACUUUCAGGAAGCUAAGAAGUUCAGUAAGCCAUAUAUUGAUCAGGUUGCCACUAUGACAAAACCCCAUGUUGAUAAGGUUAGGGUGGUUUUGAAGCCCUACACGAAGCAGGCAGUUCAUGCAUAUGGGAAAUUUUUAGAGUCGGCAACCACAUACCACCAUCAGGUGCAAGGCACUGUACAAGAAACUCUAAAUAAGCAUGAGCUGACAAGACCUCUUGCAACAAAGGAGUUGAUCUGGUUUACGGCCUCUGCCUUGUUGGCGUUACCUAUCAUCAUUUUGUCCAGAAUUUGUUCAACUUUUUGCCGCAAAAAGGCAAAGAGACAUACUCGAAACGCUAACACUAGUCACGCUCGUCGUAAGGCUAAACGGGGGCAUCCGGACAAGUAGAGUGCCACGAGGUUGUCUGCUGGUUCUUUUCUUUUGGGAAAUAUUUGUGAUGGUAGGUAGUUUUGCCUCUUGCAUGGGCUCUUGGUCUACAAAGGUCAUUCCUGGUCAAGAAGUUUCAUGUUUUUGGAGCUCCUGCAUAUUUUCUCAUUUAGUCGCCGUGAAAAAUGUUUUAGAACUCACACCACAGAUUGAAACAUCCUGAGAAUUUUUAGAUGUAAUAUCAAUAUGGUGUAGUUAAUGUUAAUGAUGUUAGAGAUGAGUUGUUGUAAUUUAUGGGUAUUUUUUACUGGGUUUAUUCUAAAUUUACAGUUGAAAUAACUGUUAAACA